GGCGUUUUAUUUUUCUGUGAUUAAAUAAAAUUUAUAUUUUUAAGUUCUUUAUCAGAAUUUAAUUAGUUAAAUUUCUUCUUAGUUAAAAAUGGCUUAUUGACAGCGAAUAAAAAAUCUUUAAGAAUACUACUGUAUUCAUUCACAUGCGCAUUUAAAAACUUAGUUAAUUGUUGAGUGAAAAAAUUUAGAAGGAAAAGAAUCUUGAGUUUUCGAGUUUGGUUUAUUACAGUUGCCAUUAUGCAAGAAGAAGAUGCUCGUUUUUUAAAAAGAAAAGUAAAGGGUGGCACAAUUGAUGUUCAUCCUACUGAAAAUGCUAUUAUUGUUAAUUAUGAACUUGAGGCUGUCAUUCUUGGUGAAUUGGGUGAUCCAAUGCUGGGCGAAAGAAAAGAAUGUCAAAAAGUAAUUCGUCUUAAGUCUUUAGAUGGUAAUACAAAUAUUCAAAUAUUAGCAAAAGAAAUUGUGAACAAAUGUAAAUUGAUUCAUCCUUCACGUUUGCCAGAAGUUGAACAGCUACUUUAUUACUUGCAGCAACGUAAAAGUGGUGCAGGUAAAGUUAUGACAGGUGGCAAUGCUGGAGUAAAUGACAAAAAAACAGCCAAAAAAAAAAAAGAAGUUGAUCCUUUUGACAGUAAUGAAUUUGAUGAUUCAGCAAAUUUAAACAACAUUGAAGAAUAUGUAGAAUACCUUUAUGAAGAUACAGUUUCAAAAAUCAAAGGAACUGGUUUAAUAUUACAAGUUGCAAGGAAUCCUGAUAACCUGACUGAAUUGGCUGAAAAUGAAAUGCUUUUAAGUGCAUUGGCUCGAGUUUUACGUGAAGAAUGGAAGAAUAGCACUGAGUUAACAACAAAUAUUAUUUAUACAUUUUUUUGCUUUUCAAGUUUUACUGAUUUCCAUAACAUAAUUCUGCACCAUAAAAUUGGUGCGCUGUGUUUACAAAUAGUAGAACAAGAGAUAAGAAAACAUGAUUUAUGGCUUGAUGAACUUUCAAAAAAACAAAGUAUUGCUGCAGGUAACACUUCUGCUGGUAAUGCUGUUUCGAAUAAUGCUGAUUUAAAAAAAGAAUAUGAAAAAAGUUAUAAAAAGUUCCAAAGUCUUGUAACAAAACAGGAGCAUCUGCUACGAGUUAGUGUUUAUUUUUUGCUAAAUAUAGCUGAAGAUAUUAAAGUUGAAAAUAAAAUUAGGAAUAAAAAUUUUAUAGGAAUUCUUGUAAAGUUGUUAUCAAGAAAUAAUGAUGAACUGCUUGUUCUUGUUGUAUCCUUUUUAAAAAAACUAAGUAUCUAUAAGGAGAACAUUAAUGAAAUGUCAAAAACAGAUAUUACAGAUAAAAUUGCCUCACUUAUUCCAAACAAAAAUGAUGAUCUUUUAAAUCUUUUACUACGACUACUUCUCAAUUUAAGUUUUGAUACAGAGCUUCGCGAAAAAGCUGUUAAGAGUGGAUUGGUACCUAAGUUAGUUGAUCUUUUAAAGAAUACUAAACACACGUUGGUAGUUAUUUGUUUGAUGUAUCAUAUAAGCAUUGAUGAUCGUUAUAAAUCAUACUUCAGUUACACUGACUGUAUCCCGAUUAUGAUGAAAAUGAUUCUUGAAGCACAAAAAGAUCAAAUUGAACCAGAACUUGUUGCACUUGCUAUUAACCUUGCUGCAAACAAAAGAAAUGCACAACUUAUAUGUGAUGGAAAUGGGCUUCGUUUGUUGUUAAGACGUGCAAUGAAAUUUAAGGAUACCCUUUUAAUGAAAAUGAUUAGGAAUAUAUCUCAGCACGAUGGUGCCACAAAGAAGGAGUUUAUAAAUUACAUUUCAGACCUUGCUAAUAUGAUAAAAAACGUCAACAAUGAAGCUUUUGUUGUAGAGUGUGUUGGGAUUCUUGGAAAUUUAAACAUGCCUGAGAUGCAGUAUUCUAUGAUGCUUAAAGAAUAUGACCUGCUAAAUUACAUUCUUUCUAAACUCUCUCCUGUACGAAUUCAAGUUGAAAAGUUUCGUUGGCAUAAUUCUCAAUGGUUACAAAUGAUUGAAUCACAAAAUACUGAAGGACGAUUUAAUCAGAAUCCUUACUAUGAAAUUGAUGACGAUUAUCACCAAGUUGUGAUAGAUGAUUCAGAUUUUAAUUAUCGAAAUAGUGAAGAUUACAAACGAAAUUCAGACAACAUUUCUAGUGAUGUUUUAGGAGGAAAAAACUCAUAUAAGAUAAUUCAAGAUGCAUACAAGAUGUCAUCUAAUGGUUAUGAUAAAGAACAAUAUCAACAAAUGAAUUUUGAUACUCGUUCAAUUACAUCUGGAAAUCGGCAAUUGGCAAGUAAUGCUCAAUCUAUGUAUGGUGGUGUCCCACAGUAUAACAUUCAGCAAUUAUACGAGUCUCAAUAUGGACAACAGUUCGAAGACUAUAUAAGCGAUGACGGGUACGACGAGGUUGAUAUAGACUAUCCGAAUCCGAAUCAUGGGCGCAAUGAUCUUUUUCGAGAUAAUAAAGAAAUUAUGAAAAGACCUGCUUCUUCACUAGGAUAUUCACAAGGAUCUUUAUAAAUUUAUUGUUAUAGAAUUGAAGAUGAUAAAAUAUAAUAUUGCAUAUAUAUAUA